GAAAGUAGCAAAGCGUGCUUUGCGGUGCCUGUGUCAAAUUGUAGAGAGAGAAAGUAAAUUCUUCACCGGAAAAAUCAUAAACGCUUAGAAGAGAGAGAGAGUCACAAAGAAAUUUACAGAGAAGCGACGAAGACGAAGACGAAGAAGAAGACUUGUUCAGACUUAAACGUGAUAUUUGGAGUUGUUUUUGGGUUCAGAAUUAAUUUUUCGGGGUUUAAGAACUCAAACCCCUUUUGUUCUCCAUCUUCCUUCAACUCUGUUACUGUAAUUUUUUAGUGAGUUUCAGUUUGAAGAAAAUGGAAAUAUCAAAUAUGGAGUGGCCUGCAUAUUUGGAUGAAUAUGAAAAGCUUGUUUUCCGAAUGACUACACCAAGGGUCAUGAUCGACAAUGCCGGUUGUUCAAAUUCCACUCGCGUUAUGAUUGAUAGUGCCAGAAAACAUGGAAUUCUUCUAGAAGCAGUUCAAGUUCUUACCGAUCUGAAUCUUUCCAUUAAAAAAGCUUACAUCUCGUCGGACGGCCGGUGGUUUAUGGACGUGUUUCACGUUACUGACUUGGAUGGCAACAAAUUAACUGAUGAAAGUGUAAUCAGUUACAUUGAACAGUCAUUAGGGACAAUUCAUUAUGCAAGUGCAAAGUGUAUUGAUGGUUUGACAGCGCUGGAGUUAACCGGGACGGAUCGAAUCGGUUUAUUAUCGGAGGUUUUUGCAGUACUCUCGGAAUUAGAGUGCAAUGUAGUUGAAGCUAAGGUGUGGACUCAUAAUGGUCGAAUUGCAUCCCUUAUUUAUGUUAAGGAACGCGAUUCAGGGUCACCGAUUGAGGACUCUGAGAAGAUUGACACGAUUGAAGCUCGUUUAAGGAACGUGCUCAAGGGGGAUAAUGAUAUUCGUAGUGCUAAAACAUCUGUGUCUAUGGCUGUUACACAUACAGAAAGAAGGCUUCAUCAGAUGAUGUUUACUGAUCGCGAUUAUGAAAGGAAGCCGAUUAUUAGGACUAAUGAUAACCCUAUUGUAUCGGUGUUGAAUUGCUUGGAGAAGGGUUAUUCUGUUAUAAAUAUUCACUGUAAGGAUAGACCUAAGCUUUUGUUUGAUAUCGUUUGCACCAUGACGGAUAUGCAGUAUGUUGUGUUCCAUGCUACGCUUAAUACAGCAGGGGACAGAGUACACUCGGAAUUCUUCAUUAGGCAUACCGAUGGAAGCCCGAUUAGUUCAGAAGCAGAGAAACAGCGAGUGAUUCUAUGUCUUCAAGCUGCAAUUGAGCGAAGAGCAUCUGAGGGAGUGAGGCUGGAGUUACGCACGGGAGACAAACAAGGACUAUUAGCUGAUGUAACACGAACCUUCCGUGAAAAUGGUUUAAACGUGACAAGAGCUGAGAUAUCGACAACAAGUGAUAACACAGCUCUGAAUGUGUUCUAUGUAACAGAUGCUAUUGGAAAUCCAGCUGACUCGAAGAUCAUCGAGGCGGUUAGGAUGAAAAUCGGAUUGAGUGACUUGAAAGUGAAGGAAUUGCCAUCGAUCUAUCAUCAAAAGGCGGAGGAAAACGAAGAACCCACAGGGGGUGUAGGUGGGGCAAUGUUACUAUCACUUGGUAGCAUUGUAAGGAAGAAUCUAUACAAUUUGGGAUUGAUCAAGUCAUUUUCUUGAACAAAAUAUUUUCAACAAAACAGAUGUUGGUGUACAUAGAUAGCUUAAAGAUUACUGAAAAUGAAAGGAUUUGGUGAUAGUAGUUGUUAUAGUUGGCAAUAUUGGGGUCCAUAUUUACCCACCAAUUUCAAGAAUUAGAAGAAAAAAAAGAAAGAUUUGAACUUUAUUAAAUUUGUUUGGUGGAAGAUUAGAGGGACAGACUGGCAAACAUAGAAAUUGGUUUUUAGAAUAGUACACAUUUGUACAGAAGUCUUUAUUUUAUUAUAAUGUUUUUAAGUAGGGUUUUAAUGUUUAACUUAGUUUUGUUUAUACUUAUGAUGCCCUGUUCUCUUGGUGUUGUCCAUUUGGGACUACAACAAGAGAAUCUAGUCUUUGUAAAUAUUAUUAUUAAUU